AUGUGCUACUCCGAUUCAGCUCGAGCUUCAAAGGAAACCCGCAAGACCAUGAGCCCGGAACUCUUCGAAAUGCUGAUCCAUUUCAAGACAAAUUGGGAAAACCAUGUGCAGGUUGAGAAGGACCAAGCCUUACUGGACAGAUUGGAUGUAGAUACUCUCACUCGUCAAGCUGAAUCAAGUUAUGAUAAAUUGUUGUUUGACCAACGUAUGCGCAAUACUGACAGCGAGGUUUUCAAGAACUACAGGAUGAAUCAUGGCUUGGCAAGGCAGCUAAGCGCGACGAAGGACCACGAGAAUAAUUUGCAGAGCUUUGUGCGCGAGCUAUAG